CUGUCCGCAGUCUCUGGUCGUCUCCUGUACUAUGUCCGCAGUCUCUGGUCGUCUCCUGUACUAUGUCCGCAGUCUCUGGUCGUCUCCUGUACUAUGUCCGCAGUCUCUGGUCGUCUCCUGUACUAUGUCCGCAGUCUCUGGUCGUCUCCUGUACUAUGUCCGCAGUCUCUGGUCUCUCUGGUCGUCUCCUGUAGUAUGUCCGCAGUCUCUGGUCGUCUCCUGUACUAUGUCCGCAGUCUCUGGUCGUCUCCUGUACUAUGUCCGCAGUCUCUGGUCAUCUCCUGUAAUAUGUCCGCAGUCUCUGGUCAUCUCCUGUACUAUAUCCACAGUCUCUGGUCAUCUCCUGUAAUAUGUCCGCAGUCUCUGGUCAUCUCCUGUAAUAUGUCCGCAGUCUCUGGUCUCAUCUCCUGUAAUAUGUCCGCAAUCUCUGGUCAUCUCCUGUAGUAUGUCCGUAGUCUCUGGUCAUCUCCUGUACUAUGUCCGCAGUCUCUGGUCAUCUCCUGUACUAUGUCCGCAGUCUCUGGUCAUCUCCUGUACUAUGUCCGCAGUCUCUGGCCAUCUCCUGUACUAUGUCCGCAGUCUCUGGUUAUCUCCUGUACUAUGUCCGCAGUCUCUGGUCAUCUCCUG